GAGCAACAACACGACAAACCGUGAAAAAUCUUGAAUUUCUUUAUGACGGGCAGAGCCUAUCAUACCCUAUCACGCAUAGAAUGCUGCAAAUCUUGGCUUUCGUGGAUGAGGCUGAGUCUUGGUAUAAACUGGCUUCAUGUACGAGUAUUUUUUCUAUGGAAGGGAGGUUGAUAGCUGUUUGAUAAACCAUCACUGCUAUCUCCCUCAGCUACCGAACCAGAAAGCUGUGAUGUCUGGCUUCCUGGGUCGUUUCCAGCGUGGCGCUUCGCGGGCUACCGAGAAACAUAUUCACCCAGAUACUCCUCGAGCGAUUACUACAAAUCCUAAUGGUCUGGGGCAGAUUCAUACCGGGGCGGCGGCUACGGCCGGAGAUGUAGAAGCCGGGGAUGAGUAUGAAGGCUGGGUUGAUCCGUAUGGAGGUCCACCUACAGUUAAGCUGUGGUUUAAGUGGUAUUGGCAUGAUGUUCUUGCGUGAGCACCUAUCACUCGGAAUUCAACUCCAAUGAACUGGAGACUAAUAUAGGUAUAGAUUCAUCUUUCUGGCUGCGAUCUCGUUAUGGCUACUUAUGUGGAGUCCAAUCCCUUAUCGGAAGUUAUUUGCUGUGACAGUCAAUCCGGGAAAUCUAGUGCCGGAGGAUGGGUUGGUGCUCCGGGCUGACUGGAUCUGAUCAACUAAACGUAACUGACUAGCUAAAUCAGUUCCUCCGAAAUCAUAAAUCCGGCUUUCGCCUACCCUAAGCGCAAACAGAUCGUUCCCAUCAUAGCCGACGCCAUGAUAGCAAUAUUCGCCCCCAUAACCUCCAUAGUCCUGAUCAACAUCGUAGGGAUCGCAACCUACGGCCCACACGGCAAGCGUAUACACAUGGCCGGUAAGCGUGGUGGUGCCUUUCUAGGCCGCGGAUCUUUCUGGAACGUCAACAACGGCUGUAUGGGGGUAAUCUACUCCGUCAUGACCGGUGCUUCCCUGCAAAUCAUCAUAAAGUUAGUGAUAGGAGGGCUGAGGCCACACUUCCUCACGGUGUGCGAUCCCCAAAUGGAUGGUGUUCAAGGAAUGGGAUACGGUCGGUUAUAUUUCGAUACAAGUGUCUGCAGAGACAAUACAGACCCCAAGAGACGGGAUGAGAUCGCCAACGCGAUGCAAAGUUUCCCAUCCGGCCACUCCAUCGCCGCCUGGGCCGGCCUCUUCUACCUAAGUCUCUACUUUAACGCGCACCUAAAGAUAUUCUCAAACUACCACCCCUCGUACUGGAAACUCCUCCUUUUUGUCACACCCAUGCUCGCUGCCACCCUGAUCGUCGGCUCACUAUCGCUGGACAUGAGCCACAACUGGUACGACAUAGUUGUCGGCUCGAUAAUGGGCGUUGUCAUGGCAAUCCUCUCAUACAGGAUGUGCUUUGCUGCAGUUUGGGACUUCCGCUUCAAUCACAUCCCUCUCGCUCGGGAUCCGCGUAUCCCCGGGUUCGGCUACAACAUGGAGGAAUUGGAGGACUGGAGUGGGGGGUGUGCCACUAGAAGGGGAGGCUGGGGCGUCGCGAGACGGUACGCGACGUUUAGCCGUGGGUGGGGUGCUCCGGGGGAUUGCGCAUUUCAGAGCGUCGGGGUGAGUACCGGGUUAGGGGGUGUUGAUUCUGCGGGCGGGCGGAGGCACCAUUGUCAUGAUAGAGAGUACCCGGGUGGACCGUGCAGCGAAGAGAGUGCCGCGAGGGAACUGGCGGUGCUAAAUGUGGCGAGGGGGCCCCCUGUUUAG